UAGCCUAGUCAGCAUUAUGAAAGGAACGGAAGCGGUACGGCUUCCCCUUUCGGCAGGUCUGUGCGGUGGUGGUUGUCGUGCAUUCUACUGCCGUCAAGAUGCUCGAUCCGAGGACCACCAACGCACCCGACGGGGCAUCUCGAAGGAAAUCAACAGAGCUUCCUGCUCUGAACCGGCCAUGGAGUCCCUAUUCCGGCUCUCUGGGUCGGCCGAAGAGUAACGCCCAUGCACGUACCGGCGGAAUGCUUGAUCAUCUUAGCUUACAAAAGCGCUGUGCGAUUUCGCUGCGAGGCAGCUGUUCCUGCCAUUGAGAGCGAAGGUGCCGACGAUAACAGUGAAGAUGGUGUCUUAAUACUCGGACUGCCCGACAACGUUCCGCUUGAAAGCUUCGCAUGCAGCGGAGCGCCACUAGUGUCACUGGCUGCAGGCGUUCCGGUGAGCAGAUGCACGAAUGACAGACGGCCAUCUUUCCGCAGUAACCGAAUGAGCAUGAAGGUUCUCGGGCGUCACCAUCUUCACGACCAGGAAACCGGGAGCAUCGCGAGUAUCGCUUCUGCCGGGAAAUCACUCCCUUCGCUGGCCCGGCACCGUCGCGCUGUCUCCGGUAGACAAGUGUUUAGCUGCCGUCGAACACUUCGUCUACCGCUUUGAUGUCGUCUGUUUUUUGUCCAAAAGGCGCUGUCGACCAUAGGACACGCGUGAUCCCGGAUCGUGACCGGGGCGUCGGCGUCCAUACGAAUCUUGAUAUCGUUGUGGUCCAUUCCCACUCCGCAUUGGCUCGUUUCUCGGGGGUGGAGGUGUGCUGGCUCCACACAGCUUCACCGGCGGACCUGGCCAGC